GUUUCUGCUGCUGUUUGCUUCUUUUACAUAUUUUGCCAAGCUUGAGUUGGCCCGUUAAUUAAUUUCAUAAGCUCGCUCGCAAGCUUCCAACUCAGAGUCGUUUUAACCGCGCUACCAAUUGGACGUCAAUUGUCGCGCUACGCGUUCUUAACAUAUCCCGACUAUUGCCGUUUCGCCGCUUCGCCGUCUCGCCGCGUCCUGCCCAAAUACCUUACAACCCGCAGCCUUUGUACACACGGUUUGUGUGUUCGUGUGUGUGUGUUCGUGCGUGUAUUAAGCUUGCAAAAUCUUUGUAAAGAGAAACGUGAAAUCACUUUUUUUGGCCCAUUGCCAAUUUUGUUUCAUUUUUAUUUUUAAUAUUCAAGUGAAACAGUGUGAAUUUUAAGCAAUUGUUGCGCACCAACUAGUGAAGAUGGGCAAAGCGGAGUGCAUUAGCUAUGAUGACAAUCAGCUGCCAUACAUUGAUCUGGGCAGUGCGCAGAUACGCAUGGAGAAGGAGCAGGCGCCCGACUGGGCCCUGAAGAAGGCACAAGACGAGUUGCGCGAGCUGCCCGGCAUCAAGGAGCAGGCCAUCAAGGAGCUGAGAGAGCUGAUACAAAAUGAGAAGCACCUGAACUUGCCGCUGGAUGAUGAGUACAUGAUGAUGUUUUUGCGUCCUUGCCAUUAUUAUCCUGAGAGUGCGCUGAAGCGCCUUAAGAACUUUUACAACAUGAAACUCAAAUACGGCAUUGCCUGUGAGAACAUUGUGCCCGCCAAGCUGAAAAAUGUAUUUGAGAGCGAGAUUCUUAACCUGCUGCCGAGCAGAGAUCAGCAUGGCCGUCGCAUACUCGUGCUGGAAGCGGGCAAAAAAUGGAAGCCGUCGAAGGUGCCGCUGCCGGAUCUGUUUCGUGGCAUACAGCUCACCGUGCUGGGCUCCAUGGUGGAGCCAUUUUCUCAAAUCUGUGGCGCAGUUGUCAUAAUUGACAUGGAAGGUCUACCUUUGAGCCACAUAACACAGUUCACACCAUCGUUUGCCGCCAUGCUGUUGGAUUAUGUUCAGGAGUGUAUCUGUAUGCGCCUGAAGGCUGUUCACAUUGUUAACAAUUCGUAUAUCUUCAAUAUGCUCUUUGCCAUAUUCAAGCCCUUCAUUCGUGAGAAGCUGCGCAAGCGCAUCUUUUUCCAUGGCAAGGACUGGAAGGCGUUAACGUCGCACAUUGAUGCCAAUGCCUUGCCGCCCAAAUACGGAGGCACUGCCACAUGGGAGCUGCCGCCUGGCCCGCUGCUUGGCGAGUUCUUUGAGUGCUACUCCAAGGACUAUGAACAGGCCGACAGCUACGGCUAUACUGAGGGCUACAAAAUGUCAAAGAAAUAAGCUGGAUAUAUCUUUCAUACCUCAUUUUUGUUUGGAUCGUAUUUUGUAUCAAUAAGUUGGGUCAUUUGUGAUAUUGCAAAUAUUGUUGUACCAUUGUAAUUUGUAGUUAUUUGCUCUAGAGUAUUCGCACACAACAACGGACACUAAGCUAGGGUUUUUUUGCUAAGGUUUAUUGUACUAUAUAGUUUAAGUAUCUGUCUUAUGUAUAAGUAUGCAUGUUUGUAUACGUUUAUUGUAAUGUUCGCUGAAGUUAACGUA